GGCCCGGGCCGCGGGUUCGCUGGCCCCGGCGCGGGGAAGGGCACAGCUCGCGGGCUCCGAUGGGGAAGGCGGGCGGGCGGGCGGGCGCGGAGGGGGGGGGAGCGAGCGCGCGGGGAUUAACUCUUUGCCGCCCGCGAGCCCUCUCGGCCGUCCGGCGAAGGCGGUGGGAUGGGGGAAAGAAAACUUUGAGCUCCACGGCUGCCGGGGUCUUUCCCCGGAGGAGAGCGUGUGCGUGCGGCCGGCGGCAAGGGAGGCAGCAGUGGGUUGUGUAACGCUGGGAGCCAUGUUUGCAGCCUCCCGGGAUGCGCGGCCAGGCGCAGGCCCGGCCUGCCGAGGAACCGCGCAGCCAGCUCGGACUGGGCCCGCCGCCGGCCAGGCCGGGCUUCGCGCGCCCCGGCCUGGCGGGGAAGGGGCUCGGGCGGGGCAGGAACUUCUCCAGCCAGGCUUUGCAGUUGGUGCCGGCCCGACCGAAGGCAAGGUUCGAGAACUUGUCCUGGACAAUUGUAAAUCAAAUGAUGGGAAAAUUGAGGGCUUAACAGCUGAAUUUGUGAACUUAGAGUUCCUCAGUUUAAUAAAUGUAGGCUUGAUUUCAGUUUCAAAUCUCCCCAAACUACCUAAGUUGAAAAAGCUUGAGCUCAGUGACAAUAGAAUCUUUGGAGGUCUGGACAUGUUAGCAGAAAAACUUCCAAAUCUCACACAUCUAAACUUAAGUGGAAAUAAACUGAAAGAUAUCAGCACCUUGGAACCUUUGAAAAAGUUGGAAUGUCUGAAAAGCCUGGAUCUGUUUAACUGUGAGGUUACUAACCUGAAUGACUACCGAGAGAGUGUCUUCAAGCUCCUGCCCCAGCUGACCUACCUGGAUGGCUACGACCGAGAGGAUCAGGAAGCCCCUGACUCAGAUGCUGAAGUGGAUGGUGUGGAUGAAGAAGAGGAAGAUGAAGAAGGAGAAGAUGAGGAGGACGAGGAGGAUGAGGAUGGUGAGGAGGAAGAGUUUGAUGAUGACGAGGAUGAAGAUGAAGACGAAGAUGUAGAAGGAGAAGAGGAUGAAGAUGAAGUCAGUGGGGAGGAAGAAGAAUUUGGACAUGAUGGGGAAGUUGAUGAAGAUGAAGAUGAUGAGGAUGAAGAUGAGGAUGAAGAGGAGGAAGAAAGCGGAAAGGGUGAAAAGAGGAAGAGAGAAACAGAUGAUGAAGGAGAAGAUGAUUAAGACCCCAAAUAACCUGCAAAAAAAGAACUGUUCAGUAUUGGUUGGACUGCUCAUAUGGAUUUGGUAGCUGUUUUUUAAAAAGGUAGCUGUGAUACAAACCCCAGGACACCCGCCCACCCAAAGAGCCAAAGAAUAGUUCCUGUGACAUUCCACCUUCCUUCAUUUAGUCCCCUUGGAAAUCCACCACCAAGCUUGGGGACUUCACCCCAACAAAAUUGUAAGCAUUGUUAGGUUUUCAUGUAAGACUCGUGCUGUAGCAUGGAUAGCUGGUGAGUCAACUGUCUGUGGCUGCCAGUUACACUGAGAUUGUAACAGCAUUUUUACUUUCUGUACAACAAAGAAGCUUUGUAAAUAAAAUCUUAACAUUU